AUGGAAUUUCCAUUCGAUAUUAAUUCUAUACUACCCUAUCCAAUAACAAUAUUCAACGGAGAUUAUCGUAUUCUUAAUAAAGGACAAGCAACAAGAAUAUUUACUUCAGAAAAAUUAAAUACAGUUAUUGAUGCCAUAGGAAUAGCUUCGUUUAAAGCUCAGGGAUUAUCCGGUGCCGUAACAACCACACGCAAAUUUCGUGUAUCCGACCAACGGUUAUAUAUAAUUAAAGAAGCUAACCAUAACAAUAAUUCAGGUGUUGUGAUUGGUAUACUUAAAGUUGGUGCGAAACAUUUGUAUGUUUAUGAUACAAAUGGUAAAGUACAUGAACGAACGCCAUUAUGUGUAUUAGAUUUUUAUGUUCAUGAAAGUAAACAAAGAUUGGGUUAUGGCAAACGAUUAUUUGAUAUGAUGCUUGAGCACGAACAAUGUGCUCCGUAUGAAUUAGCUAUUGAUCGUCCAUCGAAUAAAUGCCUAGCAUUUCUUCAUAAACAUUAUAAUCUUUCGGCACCUAUUCAUCAAGUUAAUAAUUUUGUUGUUUUUCAUGCAUUUUUCAAUGGACCUCCUGUUGCCUUACAUAGAAAGCCUUCAACACCAAAACAACGUCCGGAAUCAUUUGCAUGGUUUCCAACAACAGAAAGACAACAACAUCGGCCAUUGUCUGAAGUCAUUGAAGUUAGUCGACCUCAACAUUUGGGAACAUUUUCAAACGAACAUGAUAUCUUUGGUAAUCGUCAGCAACCUAUGACAGCUCGAGUUUCGCCGAUAAAAGAUCAACAUACUCCUCUAUCAUAUCAAACUUCAUACGGUCAACAUAAUAAUCAAAUUAGUUUCUUACGUGAACAAAUAUAUCCAAGUCAUUCAGCGUCAUACACUCCUCGAACACAUUCUAAUAUAUUUGAUCAGCAUCAUCCUUUUGCGAAUAUUCAACGGAAUACUACUGCGACCAUAAUGCCUUCAAGUUAUCAUCAACCUCCAUCAACGCAUGAAUCUCGUCGAAUAAUAGAAUCGAUUCCUCAGGUAUCUAAACCAGAAUCGUUCACUUCAAUUUUUACAUUCCCAUCAUCAAUGAAAUCGACAAACAGUUGGCGUCAACCACAAGCAACGAUUGAUUCUACUUCAUCGGCAUGGAGACUUUUUGGCGUAGAAUAA